GACAGCGGCCGCUGGAUGACCCCCGUCACUCGCCCCAUGUCCCAGCAGCUCGACGAGUGCCGGGCCCCCCAGCCCGCUGCGGGGGCCACGGGCGGGCCGCGGUCCCGCGGGGGGCCGGGCCGGGGGCGGUGCUCGCUGCCCGCACCUCGACGGGGCGGGCCGGGCUCAGAGCACCGGGCGGGGCCGCGCGCGGCAUGCGAGCUGCAGCCGCGGCGCUCGGAGCCACUGACCGCCAGCAUGGGGCCGGCGCUGCUCCUGGGGCUGCUUCUCUCCCGAGCCGGAGACCUCAUGGCUCUGCCCAGCAGUGACUGUGUUAUGGCAGAGCAGCUAUGCCUCUCUGACUCCACCUGCAAUGCCACAUACAGGACCCUGGAAAACUGUGCCCUGGCCAAGACUCACCUCCUUUCACUGGAUCACAACAGCAGGGUCAGAUGUCUGAAUGCAGAGCUUGACCUCGGGAACAGCUCUUUGCUGCACUGCAAGUGUCACCGGCGCAUGAAGAGACAGGAGCACUGCUUACGCAUUUUCUGGACUGUUCACUCCAGCAUGACAGAUGAUUAUCUCAAUUUGGAGACCUCUCCCUAUGAGAAUCCAGCAAAUGAAGAACACUGGAAGACAGAUUAUAACAAACUGGCAGCUCUGGUGUCAGGCUCACAGUUAGCAGGAGACACAACAAAUCCAUGUCUGAGAGCAACACACGUCUGUAAUCUGAGCAAGAAAUGUUUUCGUCUGCGCACAGACUAUGCCUCCAUCUGCACCAAGGGAGCAGGAAGUGAGGAUGUGUGUGACCGGCGCAAGUGCCACAGGGGGCUAAGGAAUUUCUUUGAAAAAGUUCCUGAGGAUUUCACCAAAAGGAUCCUGUUCUGUCCAUGUCGAGAUGAAUUUUGUGGAGAAAGACGCCGCAAAACUAUUGUUCCUGAUUGUUCCUUCCAGUAUAACACCAAACCAAAUUGCCUCUGGCUUCUGGAUUCCUGCUUAGAAGACCAUAUCUGCAAAUCCCGACUGGCUGAUUUCCAACAAAAUUGUCAACCUGUAGACACAUCUCCAGAUGGCUGCUCUCUGCACAACCAUGCUGCAUGCCUGCAGGCUUACAUGGGGAUGAUUGGCACGCCCAUGACACCCAACUAUGUCAGUAACUCCAGUGUGGAAGUUUCCUUGUGGUGUACAUGCGAGAACAGCGGCAACCAGAAGGAGAAAUGUGACCAGAUACUCGGCAUGUUUGAGAGCAACAAAUGUCUUGAAAAUACCAUUUGGUCUCAAAUGCAUCUGAAGCAGACAGCUCUAGAAAGACAGGAAGACUUACUUUAUUCAUCUUCCCUAAGCUUCCAAGGAGACAGUGCCAGCACAUCUCUCUCUUCAGCAAUGUCCCAGGUGGCUGAAGGGAAGACACAGCGAGACAGCUCCAAACACAGCACUAUGCCUAUGGCCUCCUCUGUAUUUUCUGGAGCUGCUACUUCCUGGCCUUCUCUGGCUCUGUUCCUGCCCCUGUUGCUUAGCCCACAUUAAUGUGGCAUAAAUGGAAUAUUUCCUUCCCAUAUUAUUAAUAUUAUUCCGUAUCCAGGCAUGUCCCAAUACAGAUUUACCUUUGGGAAACAGAAGACUUGCAGACAAGAGGAAUGGCCUUAACCCAGAAUGGCAAUCACUGGAAACCUCCCACAUACUUGCACUCCAUUUUCCCCCUGUCAGUUUGCACUUAGCUCUGCAGGUAGAGUUCUCACUGUUGCUUCUGCUGUGUACACAUUCUGAGUAACAGGCUAAUGUUCCAGCUUAAUAGGUAAAAUCAAAUGUCUGAUUUCUUUCAGAAUUUGUGCAGAGUUUGGUUUCUGACUGUAGGGAUGAUCUGACAGUGUCUCUGACCACCCCACCCUCUGAAGCUCCUCCUCUGGCGUACAAUCAUUGAAUGGUUUGAGUUUAAAGGGACCUUAAAAAAUCAUUUACCUCCAACCCCAUGCCAUGGGCAGGGACCACCUUCCACUAGACCAUGUUGCUGCAAACCCCGUUCAGCCUGGCCUCGAACACUUGAUGGGAUGGGGCAAGCACAGCUUCCCUGGACAAUCUGUGCCAGUGCAUCACCACCCUCACAGGGAAUAAUUUUUUCCUAAUAGUCAAUCUAAACAUAUCCUCUUUCAGUUUAAAAACAUCGUUCCAUAUCCUGUCCCUAGAGAUCCUGGAAAAAAGUCUCUCUCAGUGCUUAUCAUCCCCCCUGAUGUAUUGAAAAGGCACAACAAGGUCUCCACAGAGCGUUCUCUUCUCCAGGCCACAUCAGAUCAACUGUCUCAGCCUUUCUUCAUAGGAGAGGAGUUCUAGCCCCCUCAUAAUUUUCAUGGCCCUGUCUGAACCUGCUUGAACAGGUCCAUGUGUGUCAUGUACUGGGCACCUCAGAGGUGGAAUGCUGAACUCUGGGUGGGGUAGAGGGGAAGAAUCACCUCUCAGCCUGCUGGCCGUGCUUCUUUUUAUGUAGCCCAGGCUGCAGGAUGGCUUUCUGGGCUGCAAGUGCAUUUUACUAAGUCACGUCUAGUUUUCCAUCUAGCCGUGUAUCCAAGUCCUUUGCUGCAGGGCUGCUCUCAAUCCAUUUCACUCCCCCACUCUGUACUGAUACUGAGUAGGUUGCAAGUAAAUCUCAAUAAACAUACAUGUGAAGUCCCCGGUAAACACCAUCUCUGGACUACUUUCAGUUCCCUUUUCAAAUCCUUUAUUUUAAGUAUAUGAAACAUACCAGUCCAGAUCAAAAA